UGUAGCUUCAGUGGUGUGGUUGUCGUGGUACCAUUGUCGAUGCCUAAGUAUGGUGAUUGCGAACACCACUUGGUAAUCAAGCAACCUAACAACUGUAAUCACGGGACGAACCCCACUCAUUACACUUUUGACCUCUUCUUUGACCCACUCGUUUUUCGAUAAUAUCCAUACAUCUCGAACCAAGUUGAAAAUCAUUUCAAUCCAAUGAUAAUUCAACCGCCGGUGAUAUUUUUCACAGCCACAGAGGACAUUUUCAUGAAAUUGCUUAAGUACCUAUCGGUAAUUUGCUGAAACUUCUACGAGCGCGUAAGCUUACUUACUAAACUUCGUUAUUGAGGCAGGCUUCGAAAUUUUGAGUGCCUUGAUUUUCAUCGAAAGUGAAUUCGCUCGCGGAUCGCAGCGUGAACACGGACAAGAAAUUUCACCAAUGAUGCUUACUGACCUGAACCUGGCGGCGAGGACGGAGCUCUACCCGUCCGAUCACAGGGGCACUUCGCUUAUCCAUAACGCCGGAGAACCUCAACACAUUACGGAUCACCCAUCCCUGCGUGGCACUCCUCUAGCCAUGCUGGCUGCUCAAUGCAACAAAUUGACAAGCAAAAGUCCGCCUCCUCUAGCAGACGCCGCUGUCGGCAAAGGCUUCCAUCCAUGGAAGAAAAGUCCGGGAUCUACAACUCCUGUUCCAGCGAGUCCGACAACGGCUCCUCAAAGGCCGCCUUCUGCCGCUUCAACGAAUUCCACAACAGCAAACUAUCAGAGGACCGCGAUAACAACCACAGCUGCGUGCAGCUAUCCUCAGGCAUCAGAUUUUUAUCUCACUCCAGCAACAAGCUCUGGAGGACAAGACUUGCUAACCAAAGCCGAACUUCCAGCUAUGUCUUCAAUGUAUUCUCGGGUGCAUCCCUAUGAGUCGUGGCCUUUCAAUUCGGUAGCUUCAUCAGCUAUAAAACCCGAAGUGUCGGCAGUCAAUACAUUCAAUACUGCAAGCUCAUGGUGGGAUGUACACAGCGCGGCAGCUGGAUCUUGGCUCGACAUGUCGGGAGCGGCAGCGUCAGGUUUAUCUGGCGUGGCUGGUAUGGGUCAAAUGAACUACCCUGGCGGCGAUUACUCAACUCUAUCUCACACUUUAGCUGCUUCCAAUACAGCUCAUCUUUUAUCGUCAGGUCAGCACUUAUUUCAAGACACUUACAAGUCUAUGUUGCCGGGGCAAGGGAUGGGUGGAGGAAUGGGAGCUCCCUUCACGUUGGGUCAACCGUCAUUACCCCAAGUACCAUCUCCGAGGUCGCAACGUCGAUACACGGGGCGAGCAACGUGUGACUGUCCCAACUGUCAGGAAGCCGAUCGAUUGGGCCCUGCGGGGGCACACCUACGAAAGAGGAAUAUACACUCCUGCCACAUCCCAGGCUGCGGCAAGGUGUACGGAAAGACUUCACAUCUCAAGGCUCAUCUUCGUUGGCACACUGCAGCAGCGCCUCCUAGCCGAGGCGGGCAGCGUCGUGGUGGUGGACCAGCCGAUAAAACAAGGCCAUCUAACAACCUCUCAAGACCCAACUCAGCUCCCGGAAAUAAUAACAAUAACACCACCUUAAUUUCUAGCAGUCCAUCCCUGAAUAACAAUCACAACAAUAAUGCAUCUUCACCAUGUGCUUCUACUAGUAGCAACAACAGUUCAUCUAGUAAUUCAUCUGCCGGGUUAUCUACUAAUGCGUCCAACACAUCCCACAAACUUACGCUUAGUAAAACUUGAAUUCGUUUCAUAUGGUCAACUUUCAUAUUUCGUGAAAGAAAUUGGGUGUGAAUUUUUUCAAAUGUCAUGGGCAAAUACGUUCACGAUGCGAAAUUUUAAUAGCAAACAAUUUCAACCUUUUAAUUUCACAUCAAGUCGCUGACUACGUAGAUUUCAAUCCUGCCACGUCUAAAAACUGCGGUGAAACAAAAUACUACAGGCUCAUAUCAUGACUGUAAUGUAGUACAUGUAAUCGUGCAUGAAAUAUAAGACAUUCAUUAAAAUUUUAUAACUUUGAAAACAUUUUUGCAACUUUUUAAGAUAGCUGAAUUCGCAUGAAAAGAAAACUCUUUAUUCGUCUUUACUUUGCUCAAGUUUGUGAAAUACUUCAAUUUUCAAAGUGAAUAUAGGAUGUGUGUUGAAUAAACUAUAGUGAAAAGCACCACGUAAAGAAUAAACGGUUAUGUAUCUUUCGAGUUUUCAACGAUCACAAUCAGCAUUAUCUUUAUGAUUGUGACAAAACCAACAUUGUAAUGGAACAUGAGCGUUAAAGAAGGUAAAAAUAUCGGUGGAUGAAGACGUUUACAUUUAGCUAAAUAUAUAAUUUACUUGUAUAUAAAUGUACAUGAAUGGUUAAUGGUUAUACUCAUGUUGAUGACACUCAGGAUUAAUCUGAAUGAAAACCGUAAGGUGGAUUUAUAAUGGCUUCGAAUAAACUUUGUACCUAGAAAAUAAAGUCAUUUCCUGUAUCUAUGACUUCAUGAUUACCACUAAGGACUUGUUGCAAAUAUUUUGUACAACAAUGAGUAUUUUGCAAUAUUUUUGUUGAGAAAAUAGUUGAAAAAUAUUGUACAUAUUGUGAAGAUUUGGGAUCGUAGCUAGAAAGCAAAAGCAUACUCCAUUUUUGUAUCCUUGGUAUGUGUUUCGGACGUAUAGCAGUUUCAUGCCACGCUAGAGAGGCGCCUUAUAUGUCGUCACCAACACAAUCGUUCGUUAGCGCUGGUUUUUAACUAGUUAAUUUUUUCAUCUCACGGAUUCGUCUAUUAUCGAGAAAAUUGUCUAUUGUUUAUUGUGGUUUGAAAAUAAUUUAUACACAUUUUUCCCACUUGUUUUCCGUUUGUUUUUGUGUAAAAUAACUAUUUUUGUAGUAAAUUACAUUGCUUGAUUUGCCGACCUUUCUGCAAGAGAAACGAUAAGACGAUGCAUUGCGGAAAUUCUACGUUAAAAAUAUUCGAGAGUGUUUUAUUAUUUGAAAAAAUUUGGCGGUGUGUAUGUAUCAACUCAGUAUUUGAGUAGCAGUAUUAUUUUUGAUCACGACCACCAUGUUAAUCUAUUUGUUCUGUAGAUAAUACAUUGUGUACAUACUCUGUGCCUUCAACUACCUAGCAUGAAUUUAAAAAUUCCUCGACUUGAGAUGCAAUUUUAAGGGACAUUAUAAAAGCAAUAGUGCUCGAGCCGAAGAGCAGUUUUUAUUGUCACGUGAAUAUUUUAUUCCAAAUUAUAAAAAUUAUGAGUAAUUAAAUUGAGUGUUUGACUCGACAUUUGAUGGAAAUGUACAAAUUUACAAUUAAUCAUCUGUGAACCUUUGUGUUGGAAAAAAAUUAUUAAGUUCCAUAUAAGUCGAGUCGAGAAGCUACGGAUACCUUAACUUCUAUGCCUCGAGCAGAGAAAUCCAAUGAAAGGUAAUCAAGAAACAAUACUUCAGUUAUUGUUCGAUUAAGAGUAAGAAAUUAAAAAAUUUGAUUC